CGGCGAGACGUUCGCUGGUGGCGAAGCGGGCAUUUCUGUGCCGGAGACUGUGUGUACGCCGCGUGCGGUUGGCAUCAGCGUCGAUAUCAACGUUUACGAGCCACAUCUGCUGGCUGGCACAAUGGCGCACAUGAUUGGCCAUAAUAUCGGCAUGGGGCACGAUGAUGGACGUGAGGAGUGCUUCUGCCGCGACUGGCAUGGCUGCAUAAUGGCCCAAUCGAUUGUUGGCCAGGAAAAUGUGCAGCCAUACAAAUUCUCCGAGUGCAGUAAAAAGGAUUAUAUCGAUGCGCUGCGCACCGGACAUGGGUUGUGUUUACUCAAUAAGCCAAAUGAG